AUGUCGGCAAGGGAUGAUCGCGAUCUUGGCUCUAUAAAUUUUGAUUAUCUGUGGCCAGAACAUUGGACAUGUUACGUGGUUGUGGAUGUCAAAAAGCAAUGCGUCUUCGACUCCGGUAUGGCCCUGGUUACAGAGAGUGAAGGCAGUUUGAAGCUGAUCGGUAUAAGCGUUUUGGGCCCUGGUUGUGCACUUCCAUCGAGAUAUAUCAGCUUUGAACCGUACGUGCCCUGGAUAAUAGGGAUCCUGGGUUACAGACGAGCACUGGAUGAUAAGAAUGUCACAUCCACUACAACGGAAAUAACAGCUAUUUCAUCAGAUGACAUCAUCAGUGAUGUAGGGUACAUAGACGAUGAUUUCUACUUGCAGAAGUUAAACGACUCCACAAUGACGUUGCAACCAAAAUAUAAGAACGUAAAUGAAGUACCAUACGGCAACUGUACGAAACUAGACUCGUUAAUUUACAGAGACGCGGGCAUUAUAAGGACAUCCAAACGACCCGCCACUGGCAUUUACGCUGUUGGGUUAUUUAGUGAUUCAUUAAUUUAGCAUUUAUUUUAUAUGGAUUACUUGAUUUAGAGAUUAAUAAUGGUCUCCAAAUACGCUAAGAGAUAAUUAAAUUACGAAACAAGAUAGAUAAAUUUAAUUAUAUGUUUAAGGUUAAUGAAGAAUUCUUGCAAGGCACAAAUGUCUUAUUUAUGAAUCGUUUUAAGAGUUCGUUGUUUUUGUAUACAACAGACGAUUCAGCGUUAGAUCGACUUGUUCAUAUUGCCUUAUAUGAAAUUUUCCGAUUCCAGCUAUCGUUAUACGAUCUCUUUUACGAGGAGAUAACUUGCGUAAUUGUGUCUGUCAGAUGUGACAGACGAUCGCCGUCUAAGUUCUGGUUUGACACCGGCUUCAGAACUGAUGAUAUGGCAGACAUUAUAAAGAUAGUGCCACAUUACAAGAGAGGCGAGGAAGUACCGCCCAAAAUAUUAUACUUAACCGAUUCGUUUGUCAAUUACGAAAACAUUGAGACCGCUAAUUUAGUUUUUAAAUUUGAAUUCACCGCUCAAGCAACGAUUAACGUGGAAUUUUAUGGAAUUAAAAAAGGAAAGCCUCGUCCUUCGGAGACGAACAGCACCAAACCACAUGCCUUCGAUAACUUGUUUCCAAAAGAAAAGGAGGUGAAAAUGAGAAAAAUAUAAUGAAACCGAUCUUAUGUACUAUGAAUAAAAUAAAAUAAAUUAAU